CCCGAGACAGCACUCAGGUCAGUCGAGGCCCGCUACGCAAGUUCAUCAUUUCUGAUCAUCAUUUUUCUUUAAUGACAUUUUUCUUUAUUUGGUAAGAAUUUACUGGAAAAGGACGGGCACAUCCAGAGAAAGCACACGGGUCAGUUAGGUCUGCUACUCAAGUUCAUCAUUUAUGAGCAUCAUUUUUCUUUAUUUGAUGACAUUUUUCUUUAUUUGGUGACAAUUUACUGCAAAGGGGACGGGCACAUCCCGAGACAGCACACGGGUCAGUCGAGGCGUGCUACUGAAGUUCAACAUUUCUGAGCAUCAUUUUUCUUUAUUUGAUGACAAUUUACUGCGAAAGGGACGGGUAAGUAAUUCAGUACUCGUGAAACAAAAUAAUGAUGCAAAUACAAGUAGCUGCGAUUUUUGACCCAACAGCGAGCUCAAGAGGAUGUGACGUAGCAGUACCGUAGUUCGAUUUUGAUUUAGCAAACAUUGUGGAAUGAUGACGUGUGCGAAAAAAUAUGAAUAACAUAGGUUAUACAAAUAAAAUUUCAGAUAGCUAGCUAAUUAAUACAAAAUACAAAUAUAUAUUUUUUGGUAUCAAAUCGUUUUCCCUGUAUGUCACGUGUCUAUUUUAAAAUUAUAUUUCAGAUUUCGCAGCGUCAUUAGCGUGGAAUUAGCGGGGAUACUUGUUUUUGCAAGUGACGUCAUAUACCGUAUACUACUCAAUUACUCAAGACUUUACUUUCAUCCUUUUUUUGGGACUACGUGCAUUUUAAAGCAGAUCGUUACUUUCCUCUGUUAAUACUUUUACAGAGGUGCAGUAAUCGAAACGAUGACGAUGGACCAGAAGGAUACAAAGUCAUACAUUUCAAAAUGUUAAAAAAAAAAAAACAGAGAAUAAAUGUAAAAGUAAAAAAAAAAAAAAAAUCACCACAGCGUCAUCUAGUGGACGUAAUGAGGACAACUCUGCGCCUGCGCAACAGUGGGCUGCGUCCGGGGCGUCGGGGUUCAUGACGUCGGCGCAAAUCACAGCGAGCUUGUGUGCUCUGUGUCCGGCGCACACGCCACCCUAAUCCAAAAUACAUCAUCACUUUGGAGCUCUAAUGAUGUGGAAGGCAAGGGGCGGCGUCAGGAUGCUUGGAAUGCACGAGAGCGUUUGGUGGGCUUCGCACCCGCAGGCGUUCGACGGCUGCACAAUCCCACCCGAAGUCCACCGGGAGCCCGUGACAGCUCAUGCCUGGUGAAAAGCCAAAAGCUGGCGGGGUGGCUGGAGCCACCAGAUCUCUGUAUGCGCUGCCAUCGCUGACAGGCGCGGUUAACCACGACCCGACGAAAUCCAAAGCACCGAGUUACACUUUUGGCCACACCUCUCACACCAAAAAACAGAACAACUCGCCCGGACCCGCCCACUUCAUCCCCUCCAACAUCACCAAAAAUGGCCGCGACGGAACACCGGCGUUUUCAUUCGGCAGACGUCGAAAGGAGCGAGCGCGCGACGAGAUCCCCGCGCCCAAUUGCUACCAUCUUGCAAGUUCAGAGAAGAUCACUUUUAGGUCUUCUCCUGCUUAUACUUUGUCUACAAGGUGGAAACAAGCGGUACCGAGCUACCAGACCACACCCGGUCCAGCAUCCAACAUGCUUCCUCCUGUUCUGGGAUCCAAAACCGUGAACAUCCCCUCGGUGCCCUCGUACACGAUCUGCGGUCGCAGCAAAAUUGGCAACUUUUUUAACGAUUUGGCACAGACUCCGGGCCCCGCGGCCUACCAAGCCGUGGACCCCAAAACGUACCUGAGGAAAUCUCCCCAAUACAGCAUGCCGGCCCGCAACUUCCUCCCGACGAGCUUUACUAAGACGCCGGCGCCUGGAGUCUACUGCCCUGAGAAGGUCACCUCCUCACACCAAAAAGCUCCAUCCUUCAGCUUCGGGCAACAUCACUCGGAAAACACCCUAAUCCCGCUCACCGAUGUGGAUCGAAGCCAACGCUCAUUAACGCUCGUUUAAUUUUUUGCGCCGAAGAAAACGAUCAAACGCAGCCGGCGGAAACGAUUAAAAGGGUCGGCUCGAGAGACCAACCGCUUUCCAGCCGAGCGCAGCUGUCGACGUACGAAUGUAAGCCGCACGUAGCGCUUUUGACAUCAAGCGGAAAUAGCGCACCCCCGGAAAAUAAUAAAAGUAGUUUAAAAAGUUAUGUUUAGUUAUGUAGUAUUAGCCCACACAAGCUUGAUUGUUCAUUUUUGUCAUUCGGGAAUCAAACGUUCCAUCCAUUUUCUGUAGCGCUUUCCACUUUUACCCGCAGCCCAUCUCGGCUGACUUCGGGCAAGAGUCGCCAGCCGGUCACAUGGCACACAUAUAUUAAUAACAUUUACACGUACAUGCACGGACAAUUUAGAAGCCAAUGUGUUUUGGAACGUGGGAGCAAGCGAACAUGAAAAUCCACGCAAGCGCCAGGAAACACGCAAAACCCCACACAGGGCGGGAAAAGGCCCGAGUUGAGAUUUGAAUCCGGAACUCCACAACUGAGGCAGACCAGCGAACCACAAGGUCAAC